AUGGAUUCAGAACCUCAUAAACCAGAGAUCUACUCUAAUUUCGUCAAAGAACUCUGGGUGUUUUGGUACGGUAAUGAGGACUGCUUAAAGAAAGAUCAUCUCAUUUCCCCAGAUUUGGAGAUAACAUCUUCAGGAACUUGGAAACAAGGUCUCUCUUAUAAUACCCGAUGUAUUCUAUUCAAAGCAUUGCACAAUCUUAUUGAAAGAUAUCUUUUGGCGAAGGGAUAUGUUAGACUUUUUAAAAGCUUUCUUCAACCCUGUAACAGUCAGUCAAUUCGUGACAAAUGCCAAUACAGUAUCAGUUUUUCAUUUUUCCUUCACGGUGAAAGCACUGUUUGUGCUAGUUUGGAUAUUCGUCGAUUUCAUAAAUUUAAAUCGCUUACUCCUAAAAUACUAUCCUUCUGUGAAAAGUUCUCUGGGAGGAUUAAUGUUGUCCUUGCUCCUCAUGGUAUUUCCGCACGUCUGGUUGCCUCAUCUCAAACAAGUGAUACCUCAUCUGAGAGGGAAUUGGAAAUGUGGAAACGAUUUUUCCCCAUAAGAUUGGUAGGGGAUAACUUCAACUCCUCUGGUUCUCAUCAGAACUCUUUUUAUAUGGACUUUUUAACUCCAAAUAAAUCCUCUCCUAUUCAACAGCCACAGCAGGGAUCUAAACCUGAUUCUUCCUCAAAACGACCUAUUCCCGAGCCGCUUCCACAAUUCGUCAAUGUUCUUGUUGGAGGAUUCCGAAUGCGCUAUCCCACCUGCUUUGUUCUUAUUGCUGAAGAUCAACUCUCCUCUAUGACAGUCCAACAUACUCGAGAUUUAGCUGAUCGACGCCCUAACGCUUUUCCUAAAAACAAGCACUCUGUUUUAGAUUCGUAUGGUUUUCCUUAUCCAAAAUUUCCACUGAAACGUCUUCCAAGUUCUAAGCGAAGGUGCUACAUUUCCGCUCGUUUUCUUCAACGCGCCCUGCGCUCUGAGCGGUCCUUUAUGCCCGAUUUCGACAGUCUUUAUGCCAAAUUCCGCCUUCUUUCUCAAGUCACUGGAGAUGAUUCCGUCUUUACGUCCGAAUCCAAAAGUACCAUUGCUUUGUAUAGUACUGAUGACUUACCAAUAACGGGAUUUGAAAAGGAUGAAGAUGCUCUCAUUCAGAUGGCAAUUAAGAACCUUGGAGAAUCCGUUGAGGUUAUCCGACAAUACGCCGAAUUAGUACCCGGAUUUUCUUCCCUCACUGAAGCUGAUCGGGAAAAGAUUAUCCUACUACACUCUGCAGACCUGAUCACCUUCCGUAUGGCAUUUAGGACGGCCAAAGCAGCUGCAGAGCGAGCCCAGUUAAAUCUCUUCCAUCCAAAUAGCACUCAAUCAAGUCCCUAUUUCAGGCCUCCCAUUCCCACAGACACGCCUAGAAUACCGCAACAGUCAAAUAUAUCGGCACCUCAACAAACAGGCCCACCUUUCCCCGGUGGCAUUGUUGAAUGGCAUUCUCAAACAAAUCCAUCGGAUCCCGCUUUCCGACCUUUCCACCACAAUCCCUUAAUAGGACCCUCCCAACUGCCUUCUCAUCCAACCCCAUGGCAAACUGGAGGAGUUCCACGACCAUUAGACUUUGAGGUGGAGGAUGAAGGAGAUGCAAACUUGGCAGCAUGGGAAGUAGCCCUCUCGACACCCACUGAACCGGGCUAUAUCUUUGAAAAUGGUUCCGUGAUGACAGAUGAAGAGUUGAAUCGAGCUGGAUUAGGACCAUGGAUUCGUGCUCUAACUUGGUUUGGUUGGCAACUCCUCGAAUUGGCCAUGGGUGACCACAGUACCGUAGCUGGUCUUUCAGCUCUUGUACUCAUCAAUUAUCAAGCUCUUUGUGGUCGAACUGACUUGGAGAACUCGAGUGAGAUCUAUACAGUGCAUCACAGAUUUGUUGAAAUGCUAAAAAGUCAUUGUUGCUCACCCACCAACGCAGUGACCAUUCCAACGGAGUACUCUGGAUGCUAUGGUCCUGAUAGGGACCCUACUGGGGCUGUAGCGACGGCUACUAAUGCUGGCAAUAUGUUACCCCCGGGGAGAGCAGAUUCAACCUAUUUCUCCCAGGUGUUUAAGAAGAAGGAUACAGCUCAUUGGAUAGCAAGUCACCUGCUCUUACAGCCUCUACAGCGUCUCCAUGCUAGUGGCAGACUGCCUUCAGGUCCCGAAAGUAGCUGGUUGAACACCCUAGUAAACCUCCUAAACACCGGCUGCAAUCAAUCCCAAACCCCUCCACCAUGUAACUAA